UGGGUCGCCCUGCUCCUUGGCCGUCCCUCUCUUCCAGCGAGGAAGGCGUUAGAAGUGAAGUUGGUUUCUUCUUGGUUAUAGUAUUUGCGCAAUCAGGUUGCUUCGGGCCGGAUGAAGCCCCCGCCACUUCCUCUUUCAAGACUUUUGGCGGAGUAGACCCCAGGCUGAGGGAACUUUCUCUUGGCUCUAUAAAUAGCCUCUGCCUCCUGUUACUGCAUCCUCUACCGAGUCCCUGUCUCGGCCCGGUGGAUGCACGGUGAGCGGGUUCGAAAGCCUCAGACCAGACGCCCCAUCAGAAAUACUCUUCUUUAAAAACAAAAAUGCUGCCGAGCAAGAAAGGAAAAUAAUCGACCCAGGCCAGAACCUCACUGUGCCUUCGGCCCCUCUGCCUGCAGUGAGAAUCUUCCCUCCCUUCCAGACUAGACAAGGACCAGGAAACCUCCAGCCAUGGCCCUGGGCCUCUUCCGGGUGUGUCUGGUAGUGGUGACGGCCAUCGUCAACCACCCGCUGCUGUUCCCGCGGGAGAACGCCACUGUCCCAGAGAACGACCAGGAGAUCAUCCGCAAGAUGCAGGCCCACGAGGAGAAGAUGCAGCUGGAGCGGCUGCGCCUGGAGGAGGAGGAGGCGCGGACGGCAACCGAGAAGGAGGCCCCGGAGCAGGUGGCGGAGGAGGGCCAGCAGCAGCAGGAGACGCUGGCCUUGAACCUCUGGACCACUCUCUGCAUGAUCCUCUUCCUGAUCAUCGAGGUGUGGCGUCAGGACCACCACGACGGGCCCUUGCCUGAGUGCCCCGGUGGGGACGAGGAUGAGCUGCCGCUGCUGGGGAGCGCCCCGCUGCGGGGCGUCACCCUGCCCAGUCAGGCCAUGCUGGGCCACUUUCACGAGCACGGUAUCCGCGGCACCAUGGCCGACGCCGCCCGCACCCGGGAGUUCGUGGAAGGCUUCGUGGAUGACCUGCUGGGAGCCCUGAGGAGCCUCUGCCACCGGGACACUGACAUGGAGGUGGAGGACUUCAUCGGUGUGGGCAGCAUGUACGAGAACUGGCCGGCGGACAGGCCGCUGCUGUGCCACCUGUUGGUGCCCUUCACGCCCCCGGAGCCCUACCGCUUCCACCUGGAGCUCUGUUGCUCCGGCCGCUCGGUGCCCUUGGACCGCCAGGGCUACGGCCAGGUCAAGGUGGGCCGGGCCGACGGGGACCCGCUGGGCUGCAUCUGUGGCAAGACCAAGCUCGGAGAGGACAUGCUGUGCCUCCUCCACGCCAAGCAGAGUGGGGCGCAGCCCUGCAGGGAGAUGGAGGACCUGCUGUGUGCCCCAGAGUCCCCGUACCUGGACACCAUGAGGGUCAUGAAGUGGUUCCAGACGGCCCUCACUAAAGCCUGGCAGCGCAUCGCCCAUAAGUUCGACUUUGACCUUGCCUUUGGCCAGUUGGACACCCCCGGGUCCCUCAAAAUCAUGUUCCGCUCAGGCAAGGCCAUACCCUUCAACCUGAUUCCUGUGAUCCAGAGUGACAGCUCCGAUCUGCACUUUGUCUCCCACCUUCCCAGGGAGCUCUCUGGGGAGACCCCGGCCUCCAGCACCGACUGGCUCCUGUCCUUUGCUGUCUAUGAGCAGCACUUCCUCAGGAUAACUUCCAAGGGGCUGCCCGAGGGGGCCUGCCACCUCAGCUGCCUGCAGAUCGCCUCCUUCCUGCUCUCCAAGCAGAGCGGCAUGGAGGGCGCCUGCGGCCUCGGCGCCAGCGGGCUCAGCACCUACCACCUGAAGACUGCGCUGAUGCACCUCCUGCUCUCCCGCAAGGCCUCUGACUGGAAGGCGGCGCAGCUGCGCUCACGCCUGCAGGAGCUGCUCUGCUUCCUGGAGAAGAGCCUGCUGGAGAAGAAGCUCCUUCACUUCUUUGUGGGCAACCGCAAGGUCCCCGAGGCCCUGGGACUCCCCGAGGCCGUGCGCAGGGCGGAGCCUCUCAACCUCUUCCGGCCCUUCGUCCUGCAGCGGGGUCUCUACCGGAGGACAGUGGACUCCUUCUAUAAGAUGCUCGAGAAUGCCCCAACCCUUGUCAGUGAAUAUUCCCUACGUGUCCCCUCCAGUCAGGCCAGCCUGUCCACCAAAGCUGUCAUCUUGUAGAGCAUGUGGAAUUUGAGAGCCAGGAGGGAGGGUGUCUCGAAAGUCCAAGUGGCCGGGGCUCUGCAGCGCACCCGGGGAUCCAGGUAGGCUUGGCGGAGAGCCCAGGUGCAGCCUGCCGGGAAGCCAGGCCCCGCGGGCGGAGGAAACAGAAUUCCAGCUGGAUGCUGAUUUGCUUCCCUGCCGCUGAGGCCCAGUGGCAGAGUUAUCAUUUGGGUUUGGGGACUGGUUCUUUGCAGAGUGCUCUUGGAUUACCACAGAUGGACAAGAAGGUGACAGAGCACUCCACGGAGACUGAGAAGGAGAGAGUGCCCACGUUGACCUUGAGCGUAAUCCAUUUCCAUCUCGGGCCCAGCCUAUGCUCUGUAUCAACAGAUGCUCCACAUGAAUGCUGCCAGGGACCCGCGUUUAGAUCCUGUACCCCAUGUCCAGGAAUGCUGGGCCCCAGCCAUCUUCAGGCAAAAUAAGAAUAAGGACAGAUGUGGGAAUCCACAACCUGGGACCCACAGUGGCUGCCCCUUCUUAUAGUGUUGGAAGAAGAGACCAGGUAGAAACCUGGGGCUCCAAGUAGCUCAUGCUACACUCAGCUGGGUAUUUGGUGGCAGAGGGUUUAAAGGUGGCUGAUGCUUUGGCCGUAUUCUCACUCAGGUGC